GUGAAGCAGCAGUUCUACAUCAUUGGAGCUGUGACUCUCAACAAUCUACUGCUGCGUAAAGACAUGUGCUCCUGGAGCAAAGGCAUGCAGAUCAGGUAUAACGUGAGUCAGCUGGAGGAGUGGCUGCGUGACAAGUCUCUGAUGCUGUGUGGAGCCAAGGAGACUCUGGAGCCUCUGAUUCAGGCUGCUCAGCUGCUGCAAGUCAAGAAGAAGACGGACGAAGACGCCGAGGCCAUCUGCUCCAUGUGCAACAGCCUGUCCACAUCUCAGAUUGUGAAGGUGUUGAACCUGUACACUCCAGUCAACGAGUUUGAAGAGAGGGUGUCUGUUACCUUUCAUACGAACCAUACAG